AUGCCCCCAGCUUUAACAACAGAGGUUGCCGUCAAUGGCAGCACUGCAAACGCCGUCAACAGCGCCACCCACUUCGCCAAACCUAUCGCCGUGACAAGUAUAUUCGCUUCCUUCGUCGCCAAUGCCCGCACCGACUACCUUACCCAGCAUGUGCGAGACCGACUGAAAGAAUACAUCAUCGACUACAUCGGCGUGACCCUCGCCGCCAGCCAUUCCUCAGAUUCGACUCAGCCAAUCCUGGCCGCAGUCAAAGCCUUAGGCGGCGCUACAGGAUCAUCCACGGUCCUCGGCAAGGGCAAAUCCUUCACGCCUCAAUAUGCCAGCCUCCUCAACGCCGCAUUGGGCCAUAGCCUCGAUUUCGACGACACAUACGCCAAAGGCACUCUGCACGCUGGCGUCACCGCCAUCGCCGCCGGACUGACCCAAGCCGAACUUCUCGGCGACCAAGCCGACAUGGACCGCUUCCUCCUCGCCGUCGCCAUCGGGUACGAAAUCACCUGCCGGCUGGGCAAGGAACUCGGCAACGAGGCGUAUUCGCGCGGGUUUCACAAUACCUCGACGGCCGGCAUCUUCGGCGCCGUUGCGACCAUCUGCGUGCUGAAAUCCCUGCCGGCGGAAACCAUCUCGAACGCCUUUGGUCUGGCGGGCUCCAAGGCCGCCGGGUCGAUGCAGUAUCUCGAGAACGGCAGCUGGAACAAACGUCUGCACCCGGGAUUCGCGGCGCACGAUGCCUUCAUGGCCGUCGCGCUGGCCGAAGCAGGCGUCAUUGGCGCGGCCAAGAUCUUCGAGGGCACGUUUGGGUUUUUGAACGCCUACUCGCCCAAAGAGGACAAGGACCUGGUCUAUCUCACGGCCGAGCUAGGCAGUAGGUGGGAGUUCCUCGAGACUUCGCUCAAACCGUUCCCCGCGUGCCGGAUGACGCACGGCUUCAUCGAGAACGCGACCAAGCUCGGCCGGGAACGCGGGUACACCAAGGCGAGCGACGUCAAAUCUAUAACGCUCUCGCUCAGUCCGGCGAAUGUAAGCGUCGUGGGCGCCCCGAUCCCGAAUAAGAUCCAUCCGGAGAACAUGGUCGACGCGCAGUUCUCGGCGUACUUUACCACGGCGAACAGCUUCCUGUACGGUUCGGAUAAUGGCGUGCGGUGUUAUGAGAAGGACCGGCUUAUGGACCCGGAGAUCAGGGCGUUGACCGACAAAAUUACCUGCAAGGGGGACAAAGCGAUCAAGCAGUUCGGAUCGAGGAUGAAGGUCGAGUACGCCGAUGGCAAGACCGAGGAAGUCGAUAUUCCGUACCCGCUGGGCGAGACGCAGCAUCCAUUCACGAGAGAACAGGUCGAUGCGAAGUUCUUUAGUUUGGUAAAUCCGGUAUUUAGGGAGAGGAGGGCGACGCAGAUUCGAGAUAUGGUCAAUGCUAUUGAAGGGCAUACUGUUACAGAGCUGCUAGGCACGUUAUAUUGA